GGGAUAAGUGAAAAUGUUGGGUGAAUAGUAUUCAAUUGGACAAUUCGAUGUUAUAGAGAUUUUGAGGUAUUCUGAUUGUUUCUGAAAUUACUAAUGUUUGAUGCAAGUUUGUAAGCCUGUAGUUGAUGUUCUCGCGGUUUUGAAGUUUCAAACAAAAGAAAUGGCUCAGCAAGUGUCUUCUAUGCAAACUGGUACUGGAAAUGCAGAUAUGAAUUCUGCAUUGGGAAAUCUUCAGUCAGUUGGUCCAAGUAAUCCUCCAGCACCAGCAUUGAAUACACUUCAGAGUAAUAAUACAGUGCAGACUUUACAAGCUCAGACACAACCUCCACAGGCAUCAUUUGCAUCUCACCCAACAAAAGUUCAGCAGGCACAACAGUCAUCGAUGUCAAGCUCAUCUACAGACUUUCCACAGUUUCUUACGAAGACAAGGUUACAAGAUUUAGUGAGAGAAGUAGAUCCUACAGAGCAAUUAGAUGAAGAAGUCGAAGAAAUACUCUUACAGCUGGCAGAUGAUUUUGUUGAGACAACUGUAAAUGCUGCUUGUUUGUUAGCUAAGCACAGGCAUGCAAAUACAGUAGAAGUAAAAGAUGUACAGUUACAUUUAGAGAGAAAUUGGAACAUGUGGAUUCCUGGUUUUGGCACUGACGAAGUUCGACCAUAUAAACGAGCCACAGUUACAGAAGCUCACAAGCAACGAUUGGCUUUGAUACGCAAGUCCAUAAAAAAGUAUUAAAUAAUUCUUGUCAUUGUUUUUUUAAUUAUAUCUGAAAAACUCUGAAACUCCUACAUUUGAUCUUGUUAUGAAUUUCAAAUACGUAACUAAUAACAAGUGAUUCAACAAUACAUAUUUUUUCAUUAUGAAAUAUUUGAUUUUACAGUUAAAAGUAGAGUACAAUGACAAUUUUAAUUAUAAAAUAUCAUUGAUGAUAAUAAAAAAUCAUCUCGUAUCAGCAA